UCUUUCGGUUUAUAUACUUUAGUUAUGUUGGGCAACUUUUCCUUUUGAGGAUACUAAUUUUCCACACCUCUUUCUCUCUCCUCUCCUUUUUGUUUCAAAUAAUUUUAAAAAGCAAGGACCUAACAAGCAAAAGAUGCAGGCAUAUCUAUUAAAAGGGAUGUGACAAAUGGACCAAACACAAUUGAUUAUGAAUUCCUGACAUGUUAAUACACACACUUCCAUGAAAUUUUCCCACUUCUUCCAAUCUCUCCAGCUCUAAUCAAUCAUGUUUGAUCCAAGAAAACAAACACCCAAUAUCCAUAAACAUAUUCUCGAUCCUGUCACAACAAUAAAUGACAGUAAUUGGGAACCUCACAAUUUUGAUUUUCAUGGGAAUAUUCAAUUUAGAGGUCAAAAAAUGAUAGAUCAUGAAGACGAUGAUGAAUCUGGUGCUUCUUCACCACCCUUAUGGCAAAAUAGCCCACCAAGAAGUCCAGUCCAUCCCAUAAAUUAUCGAUCACUUUCGCCGAAUUCUAGAACUCAAGCCAUAGCCAGAGGGCAAUGGGAGCUCAUGGAAAUGGUCAAGAAGAUGCCUGAAUCUUGUUUUGAGCUUUCCUUAAAGGAUCUUGUUGAGCAGCCAAAAUCUUUUGAAUCUCAAGAAGAAUGUUUAAUUAAUAAUAUUAAUAGAGAGAAAAACCAAGCUGUGCAGAACAGAGUGAAAAUUAAGAAUGAACAAAUUAGGAAAGCCAAGAUGAUGAGAAGUAAAAGUAUUGAGAAUGGCGGGGUAUUUCUUAAGAUGGUUUCCCCUGUUUCUUUCAGAUCAAAGAAGAAGGAAAAGAAUUCAUCAGCAAAUACAACUAGUGUUUCUCCUAAGCCUGAAGAAUGUGAAAAUUCCUCUUCAAAGAAUUUGGAAAAAGAGUGGUGGAAGAAGAGAUUUUCUGGUUCAAGUAGCAGCAAUAGUACUGCUAGCACUGGCAGAAAUAGCAGCAGGGGCAGCAGUACUAGUAGCAGCAGAAACAACCGCAGCAGGAAAAGGGAAGGGUUAUUAAGCAGUUGUUGGUCAAGUUUAUGCUUAUCAGAGAAUAACAAAGUGAUGACUGAUGCCUUAGAUUGGUGAUGCAUGCCACUUAGCUACGUGUUCUACACUUAUAUAUACGUUUAAGUCUUGUAAAACAUAUAAUAAUUAUAUGUAUGUAUAGUUUUGUGGUAGACUAUAUAUAGCUCUAAGCCCCCUUGAAUUGUUCUUUAAUUUGCAUUUUUUCUUGGUUUGGCAAGCAUUUAUUUGUUAAUUAGAGCAACAUUAAUUGAA